AUUAAUAUUCAAGUAAACAUUACUCUUCUUGCAUUCUUAGACGCUAAAUCGUCUUAUGGGAGCCCUGGAAACUACUUUGCUCUAUGCUAUCCCUGACUGCAACCUAUGAUUCCGCUCAUGCUAUAAAACAGUCUCCAUCGAAACAUUCGAAUAUACAUGCUAAUUAUACAACAUUUGUUAGCUCAAAAAGUAAUUUGUAAUUAAUUAUAAGAGUAAAAUUUAUUUCAUUUUCGUACCGGAUAUUCUUGUUGAAUCGAAAGUAGAUGUUGCCUGCAAUAGUCAGCCUAAAAACCUUCGUCAAUUGCAGAUUACUGAAAACUCCGCUUCAUCUUGUUACUUAUAAUUCAUCAAUGAAGAGAACACGUGCGACAAGUUCUGCAAAAAAAGAAAAUAAAGAUGAUUCCAAUAAUGAUGAAGUGGAAACAAAACCAAAGGAUUCUGAACAACAUUUAGUGGUUGAAAAUUUACAAGAUGAGAAACUGAGUGACAUGUUAGAACCAUCAUCAGAAGAUGUUAAAAUUUCUGAUCAAAAACAGAAAAGUAAACUUAACUUAAAGAGUCUAAAAGAUAGAAAUAAGAGAAGCAAUCAAGAAGAGUUGGAACCAAAUACGCUUCCUUCAAAAAAUAAAGUUAGAGCAGUGGUAGAUCUUAAAAUGAUGCAAGCAGAACUAAAACAGUUAGAGGAUCCACCAACAACUGCAUGGGAGAAGGAACUAUGUUCCAAUAGAUUGCCAUAUUCAUUCUUUGAUUCUCCUUGUGAAGAAUUAGCUCAAAAUUUGUUAGGAAAAGUAUUGGUUCGUUGCCUAGACAAUGGAACUAUUUUAAAGGGUAGGAUUGUUGAAACAGAAAGUUAUUUAGGAACAAUGGAUAAGGCAUCUCAUACAUAUAAAAAUAAAGUUACUCCUCGUAAUAUGCCAAUGUACAUGCCACCUGGUACCAUAUAUGUGUAUAUGACAUACGGAAUGUAUCAUUGUUUCAAUAUAUCUAGCCAAGAGUCAGGAGGAUAUGUGCUAAUUAAAGCAGUGGAACCUGUGCUUGGUCUUGAUUAUAUGGAAUUACUAAGAAAUAUGAAGUAUGAAAAAAAUAGUAGAGAAAAGAGAAUUGUGAAAAAUGUACAAUUCUUCAAAAGACACGAGCUUUGUAAUAGUCCAUCCAAUAUUUGCAUAGCAUUUGUCAUUGAUGAAGAUAACUUCAACCAGAAAAAAAUUUAUGAAUGUAAUAAUUUAUGGGUAGAAUAUGAUCCUUACAUAAAAUCAACUACUAUUGUAGCAGCAAGUUCCCAUAAUGAUUUCGAAGAAAAAAUGUGCAGAUAUUAUGUGUUAGGAAGUUCUAGCGUCAGUCAUAGAGAUAUUAAAUCUGAAGAACAUGCUUAUGUUAUUUAAACAUCUCUUCCUUUUUCAUGUGCAAUGUUCUGCCACAUAGAAAUCUCAUGGUAAGAUUUUAGGUGAAGGGUGUGCUGUUUUGAUAAGAGCUGUUGAACCCUUGGAGGGUAUGCAAUAUAUGAGUAGUCAACGAACUUCAAAAGGAACAUCAAGUACAUCUAAAAGGACACAGAAAAAUUUUAAGACACACGAAUUGUGUAAUGGC